UUAUGGCCCAUUAAUUAGGUGUUAUACAAGAAACAUAUUAAGAUGACUUAUAGGAAUUAAUCUCCAAACUAACAUCUUAAAAUUAGAUAAUAGAUAAAAGAGGACCAAUUUUAAAAAAGAGAAGAGAACUUCUAUUAGGAGCACUUAAAGAUUUUAGAGAAGGGGAAACUAAAUUAUGUGAUUCAAAAAUAUCAUGUAGUACUGCUUUAUUUUCAUCAAUACAUGAUGAUACUGAUCAAAUUCAAAAACUAUAAGAUGAGAUAGCCCUAAAGGAUUAAUAAAUUUAAGAAUUGAAAGAUUAAGUAGAGUCACUUCAAUAAAAAAUUCAUAGAAUAUAAAUAUGUAAUGAUGAAAUGCAAUUUGAAUUAUAAAAACAACAAUAGUAAUAAUAAACAUUUUAAAGAGGAAACAAAUUAAGUUAAUCUAGUAUUUUAUAUAUAUUAAUAUUCUUAGUGAUUGUACCUACCUUAACAAGUUCAACUGAAAAAGCAUAAGCCACUAUUAGUAAAUUCGUAUAACCUUUAUCAACAAACUCAUUUAAAUCAAUUGAUAGUAAAGAACCUAAUUCAAAAGAAGAUAUGAAAAAAAUGAUCAGAAGGAUUUCAUAAUAAGCAUCUGCUUCAGCCUAUAUAUUAGCUGCUAAAGGUGAUUAUACUACAUUGGCUGCUGCUUAAGAAGAAUUAUAAAGUUAGAAGAGCAUAGGAUCCCAAAAAUCUUUGUCAAAUAAAUGAUU